CGGAGCUUGAGCAGCUUCCAAAGGCGGUUUGCAACUCAAUUCACCUAUAUGCUACGGGCAUACCUCUGCUCUCGUGACCACGACAGCUCUCUGAACCUUGUUAUAGAUCAAGUAUAGGCCAGCUAGCUCAUUCCGAUGGACUCGGACGAUUCCGAUGUCGUCACAGGCCCUAGCCGUGCUCAGAAGGGCAAGACCCGAGCCAUCGUAUCCUCGGAUUCCGAGUCGGACCAACCUCCUCAGUCCAAGCAGAACCAGCUGCCUCCCGGUCGGGCUGUUCAGACCAACGGUCCGAGGGUAGCAUUCAACGCUCAGAGUAAAGCCAAGGGUCAGGCGAUUAUCUCUGGGUUGAACGACCGGUCGGCUGCGAAGAACAGUGAACAGCUGGGAUUGGGACGGGAUGGGAGUGCGAGUCGGAGUGGGACGCCGAAUGCGGGAGGUGGAGGUGAAGAAGCGAUGCAGGUAGACGCAGCACAGGAAGAAGAAGAAGAAGAGGAAGAAGACUUCGCCACGGGAAUGGCAGAAAAGGGAGGGAAGAAACGCAAAGUUGGAGAUCAAUCGUAUGCAUGGGAAGCAUCGUACAACCGAUCAUGGGAUGCCGUACAGGAAGACGAAAGCGGGGGACUUCAAGCGGCCGUAGAAGGAUUGAUGAUGCGUGGUCGUCGGCGGAGAGCUCAAACAUCACAAAGCUCAUUGAGACGGUCGAUUAUCCGGCACAUGUACAUCUUGCUCGACCUCAGUAUCAGUAUGAAUGACAAGGACAUGCGGCCGACUAGGUGGGAUUUAACGUUACAGUAUUUGCGGGGGUUCGUCAUGGAGUGGUUUGACCAGAACCCUCUCGGUCAAAUCGGUAUUAUUGGACUACGGAACGGGUUGGGCGAGAUGAUCAUCGAGAUGGGAGGGAAUCCGCACGCGAUCUUGGCAGCCAUUGCAGAUAAACGGAAGCUGGAGCCAAGUGGAGAACCGAGCUUGCAGAACGGACUGGAUAUGGCUCGGAGCAGUAUGAACCACCUGCCAUCGACAUCGUCACUCGAAGUCCUCAUCCUGUUCUCAUCGCUGACGACGACCGACCCAGGAAGUAUCCACAAGACGCUCUCGAAAUUGCUUUCUGGCCGUAUUCGAGUAUCCAUCAUCGCCCUCGCCGCCGAACUCAAGAUCUGCCGUCUGAUCACGGAAAAGACUCAGGGGAAAUUUGGAGUCGCGCUGAACGAGGCGCAUUAUCGAGAACUGUUGUUCGAAAUGGUACAGGCACCGGCAACGACGAUGCAGGGCACGAUCGGGUUGAAGUCCGCCAUGGAAGGCGUAGCACGACGGACGAAAGGCGCCGGAGGAGGCUCCGGGUCGAAAGCACCACCAGCCGACCUUAUGAUGAUGGGUUUCCCCACCCGAUUACCACUGGCUGGACCAGGGGCUGUAGGGCUGUGUGCUUGUCAUGGGCUCAUCAGGCGGGGAGGGUAUCUAUGUCCGAGAUGCGGCGCCAAGGCGUGUGAGGUACCGACGGACUGUGAGGUGUGCGGGUUGAUGGUUGUUUCCAGUCCACAUCUGGCACGAAGCUAUUGGUUUUUGUUUCCAGUACAUGCGUACGGUACAAUAGCCGACUCGGAUCUCACGGAAGAGGCGGAGAUAUCGUGCUUUGCUUGUGAUGUGCCAUUCCCCGAAUCGCUUGCAGAAGAACAAGGUGUAUCGCAUGUGGAGGAAGGGGUUUCGGCGACGGGGCGGUAUAGAUGCCCUACUUGUAGGAAGGAUUAUUGCAUGGAUUGUGACCUCUUUAUCCACGAGAUUCUCAAGAGUUGCCCAGGCUGUGCAGGUCAAUAAUUAUGUCGCAUAGACAGCAUUGUCGAGUUGUACCACACGACCAAUAAUAACGAAACCAUGGUACAGUCUGCCAGAGCAGCGCGUUUGUACCACUUGAAGCUU